AAAACUGGCUGUCACUAUUCCAUGCUGCAGAGUCAUUUUUGGAUGUGUCCUUUUGAUUUUUAAUGUGAAUUUAAAAACUUUUUUGUUUCGUAUUGUGUUGCCACCACACCUCCAGUUCGCCUCCGGGACCUUAUUCAUUGGUAAGCACAAGCCACUUCAUCAGGUUACACGCGGCAGCUGAGCUACGUGACUGCACUCAUUUUCUGCCUUACUUAACCGGGAACGGAUGAUUUGGAAAUUCCCGGUCAGUAUCUUUUUUUUCUUUUCUGAGUAGUUUUGCAAUUUUGUCGGAGUGUUUUAUUGAGUGCACCGUGAGCCAUCAACCCCUCUCCACUCGCAGACAUCGCGAAAUGAAACUCGGUCUUGUCAUCCAGACUGCGGUGGCGCUUUAUCUGCUGCUCUCACCUGCACAGAGUCUUCCCUUGUCAAGCAAAACCAAUACAACAGAAGUGUUAAUGUUCCAAGAAGUGUGGGGUCGCAGCUUCUGCCGGACCAUUGAGAAGCUGGUGGAGGUGGUGCAGGAGUACCCGACAGAGGUGGAGCACAUCUACAGCCCUGCCUGUGUGCCGCUGGUGAGGUGCGCAGGUUGCUGUGGGGACGAAAACCUGGAGUGCCAUCCCACCCACACUACAAACGUCACCAUGCAGCUGUUGAAAAUCAGGCCAUCAGAGCCAGGUCAAGAAUAUGUUGAGAUGGCAUUUGUGGAGCAUCAGACAUGUGAAUGUAGAGUCAGGAAACCUAUUAUGAAGGUUGAAAGGAAAAGGCAAAGAGGAAGAGGAAGGAAAAGAAAGGAGAGACAAAAAACAAAAGAAUGUGAAAGGUGCCAGAACCCUCGCAGGUAACUGCAGUGGCGACCCAAACCCCCAGUUGCAGUGUGGCUCACUAUUUAUUUCCAACCCAGCAUCCAGAGUCUCCUUUGCUUAUCUAUACUGUGUCUGCAGCCAGAGACUCAAACAGCUGGGUUGUUUUGCUGACAUGCCGUCCUGCUGAUGGGCCUAGUGUUUGUAAUGACAAGCUUUAACCGGAAGUGUGAUUAGAAUAGGGGAAAUACUGCUGUUACACACCUGACACAAUGGACAUCCCUGGGAGCCAGUGCAAUGUUGAACCAAACAGGCCAACGCCUUUUCUCUUAUGGGUAAUUACUGCAUCAGUUAUUGUAAUUUGGUCAUUUCUUUGGUAUUUAAAGGUGGUUACACAUGUUUAGAUUCUCUAUUUAUUGAUACAUCUGAAUAUUUGGACUAGCACCCUUUAAAAAGUGUGUCAUCUUUUCUUUGAACGUUAUUUGGAAAGCCUUGAUUUGUCAUAGCAAUAUACUGUAUGUUGGACAUUUGGUGUGUAGCUGCUUUAAACGCAAUAAUGAAAUGUUUCCGUCUAGCGUUUGUGGAAACAGCAUUCAAACUUAUUUUUUUUUAGGUCAACUAUGACAAUAAGAUUAGACAUAGGACAGUGUUGUCAGUCAAAAAUCAAUCACUUCAUUAGCUAUUCGAAUCAUCUACCACAUAUAUGGUCUAACCUGCGAGAACAA